AUGGCCGGCAUUUCAACGGCCGCCACAAAAGCAUUGGAGAAAGUGAUCAAGCCUCUGUUAUCUACCACGCCCAACACGUUGGGACUUACAAGCUCAGCGUACUACCCCGGCGACGUUGACAUCACCAUGGACGAGAUCGCCGCCAUUGCUCGUGUCAUGGAGCACCAUGAUCUUGAACCAGAGAACACCCGUAUACACAAGACAACUGAUGGAAACAAAUCCACCGCUCAGUUGACGGCUCUAGUUGACAAUUCGACAAAGUUCAUUCGGUUGCUUCCUUGGGCUGUUGAUGGGGUCAAUGAUGGCAAAGGGCCUUUCGAGAAAGACAAGUUUCAAGCCCCCGAUUUCUAUGUCGUACAUGCGCUCGCCUUUGUCUGCAGUACCGUAUGGGAGGCCUCCAAUGUGCCUAACUACAACGACAUCCGUGAGACAUACGGUUUCAAGAAUAUUGUCUAUGCGAACCGAAUGAGUGCGAAUGCAGACCCCGAUCGUCCAAUUCACUGGGUCCAUCCUUCUGAAGCAGACGGUUACAGAAAGAUCAACCAUGUUCUCCGUUUCAUCACAACAUCGAUCCAUGAGCUUUAUGGCCACGGCACGGGCAAGCUCUUAGCGGAGACCUCACCAGGUGUAUACAAUUUCGAUCCAGAACAUCCGCCCAUCAAUUCGCUUACCGGCGAACCUGUAAAGACCUGGUAUCGGCCCAACCAGACAUGGACCAGUGUAUUUGGGAAACUCGCAGGCACUGUUGAAGAGUGUAGAGCCAUGCUUAUUUCCUACUACCUCGGAGAUCGCAAAGACAUGCUGCUUAUGUAUGGCUACGAUGAAGACAGUGACAUUAAGACCGAUGACCGUAAGUGCUUCCUGUGA